CCCGGUCUCAUCCAUCUCUUUGAAGAACUCUUUCUAUACUCAUCCCAAAAUGGCCUUGUCAUUAGCAACCUCUGCGUUCUUACAAGGUCCAUUCGCUUCAAAUGGAACUUCUACAGCAAACAAGAAUAAACAUCUGCAAGAUGCAAAUUCUCUCUCCUCAACGAAUAACAAGUGGAGUAUUUCCUCACAUCAGACCUUGGUUUCUACUCCUUUUAAGGGCCAUAUUCACCCGACCGGAAAGCGGAACUUUGCCGUUGAGGAUGAUAUUCGAGGGCAGCACGAAAGGAGGUUAGAAGAAGUGAAGCAACUAUUCAAGCGAGUAAGAGGAGAUUCGCUCGAAAGUUUGGUGAUGGUGGAUGCUCUCCAACGUCUUGCCAUCGACUACCGUUUCGAGGAUGAGAUUGAGGCACUCUUGCAAAGGCAUUUCUUGAUCUCCACCUCUCGAUCUCAUUCUCACCCCAUCGAUGCCGAGAAUCUGCAUGAGGCAGCACUUCGUUUCCGGCUCCUGAGGCAAGGAGGCUAUCCUGUUCCUUCAGAUGUGUUUCAGCCUUUUCUAGACAAAAUGAAUGGUGGGCUCGAAGAAAGAAAGCCGCAGGACAACGACAUUUUAGGGCUGACAAGUUUAUUUGAAGCUUCCCACCUUGGCACUGAUGGAGAAGAUGUUCUUGAUGAAGUAAGAGAGUCAAUUGGUCAACGCCUCCAUGAUUCUUUGGCCGACCUCGACCAUCUUCAAGCUAGACUCGUGAGAAACUCACUUGGCAAUCCGUUCCAUAAGAGCAUGGCCAGGUUCAAGGCUAAUGAUUUCUUGAGCAAUCUUGGGGGACAUUCUUACGGCUGGACCGAGAAUUUAGGGGAACUUGCCCAUUUGGACAUGAACAUUGUAAGAUCCGUGCAUCAACGUGAAAUUCUCCAAAUCUCGAAUUGGUGGAAAGAACUGGGCAUGGCAAAGGAGUUGAAGUACGCGAGGGACCAGCCGAUAAAGUGGUACAUGUGGCCAAUGGCCAUCCUCACCGAUAGCGGCUUGUCCCAGGAGAGAGUGGCCGCCGCCAAAACCAUCUCAUUCAUCUACGUCAUCGACGACAUCUUCGACGUCUAUGGCACGAUCGAUGAACUCGCCUCGUUCACAGAUGUGGUCAACAGAUGGGAAUGUACUGAAAAGGAUAACAUACCAGAGUACAUGAGGAUGUGUUUUCAUGCUCUAGAUGAUAUUACCAAUGAAGUCAGCUUUGUGGUGCACAAAAAUCACGGGUGGAACCCAUUAUACUCCUUAAGGAGAACGUGGGCGAAGCUGUUAAAUGCCUUCUUAGUGGAGGCAAGAUGGCUCGCUAGGGGUCACUACCCAACAACACAGGACUACUUGGACAACGCAAUUGUCAGCUCCGGAGUGCACGUCUUGUUGGUCCACUUGUUCUUCCUCUUGGGGGAGAGAAUCGACCCCGAAAGUGUCCAUCACUUAGAAAAUAUACCCGAAAUCGUAUCUUCCACAGCUUCAAUACUUCGUCUUUGGGACGACUUGGGAAGUGCCAAGGACGAGUCCCAAGAUGGCCGAGACGGGUCUUAUUUGGAAUGCUAUAAGCAAGAAUUCCAAAUCACUUCGGAUGAAGUGGCGAGAGACCGGGUGAAGAAGAUGAUCUCGGAGGCAUGGAAGAGGCUCAACAAGGCGUGCCUCUAUCCUCACCCAUUCACGAAGUCCUUCACCAAGGCUGCCCUCAACACGGCCAGGAUGGUCCCGCUGAUGUACGAUUAUGACGACAACCAUUCACUCCCGCUCCUUGAGCACCAUACGAAGUCAUUGCUCUAUGGAGGUCCUUCCUUUUAGGGGCCUUGCCUCUUUGUUCAGUGAUCUAAACACCUUCCAGGGUUAUUGCUUCUUGUUUCCCCUAGUGCCUGGACCGAUUCUAGCCGCAGCGGAAUCGGCAAAACGUGCGCUGACGGCACGAUUUUCUCGAGGCACAUAUGGAUAGAGACAUGCCCUUUUGGGUCUCUUCCGAGACUCUGAAAUCAUGUUCUUCACAUGGUCUCUUGCCACAUCAACUGAAGAGCCACAGAAUUCUUUCUUGCAGCAUUCCCCAGAGAGAACUUUGAGUUUUCUGAAAAUUCUUCCCUCUAUGUGUGUAUUGGAUACCAAUGAAUGUAAAAGGGUGAGUGUUAAGAGAAGCAAUAUACUUCUGCAUUUGUUCUCUAA